AUGGUUUAUCUGGAUCAACAUUUUGCCGAAGUUUCACGUGGCAUGAUUACGGACGAAGAUAUUUACGAAAGCUUAAAGAAUGUGGAAUAUGUAGAAAAAUUAUCGGUCAAACGUCAAUAUAAAUACAAAACCGUCAGAGCUAAGAUUCGCCUCACUAAAUCAUACGAGACAAUUUACAAGGAAGAAUGUUUGAUGUUAAACUAUCCUAAAGAAAUAAGAAACAGAUACAGUUGGCAAGGCGUUAAAAAAGUGGACAUGGAAAAAUACAAAGUCAUAAAGGAGCAUAAAGAAAAUUAUGGAGGCCACUUUGCUAAAAUCAUAAAAGUCAACAAAAUCAAACAUAUCCAAAUUUAUUAUAAUAACGAACAGGAUCUGAUGAAGGCAGUUUACGAUUCUGAGAUGCAAGAGAACAUUGGAGGAAGAAUACAAAUCAACGAACUAAUAAGUAAAGAAAGAUUUGUUAAAAGACCGGGAAGACCGAAGGGAAAUACCUGCGCUUCUUCUGAGGAUUACAAAUUUUUUGAAGCGACGGAAAAUCCAACGGACCCAACGGUCCUGACCAUUGAAACAAUCAAUAAUUUUAACAAAUUAAACGCAGAAUUUAGCGAAAGAAUAUGA